AUGCUGCGACAAGUAAAUAUUUUUUUGAUUGUUUAUAGUUGCGUAAACAUAAUUUCGCCGAAAAUAUUGCUCGAAUGUAAUUUUGACAAAUUUGAGGUGAAUCCUUGUUUUAACAGUGAUGUGAUGGUUGUUUCUACUCUUGGUGAUACUGUCGACUCUAAUCCACCAAAGGGCCCUUUAUCAGAUGUAACAUCAAUCAUUACACCUACAGAAAAUGGUGAAUUAUGUAAACUACCCUAUAGAAUCAACCCCUACAUUUGGGAUAUGUAUUUCUGUAACGAAGAUUAUUGUGAAACAGCAACAAACCCCAAAAGCAAAUGUGCAUCAGGUCGAUUCGGACAUGUACAAUUGUUCAAUACAAAUGUCUACUCUAUUCCUCUUAAAGCUGGCACAGGUGGUAUCGAUGGGAUAAAUGAACAAUGUAUUAUUUAUUAUUAUUACAUACCCGACAGUGUUGAUAUUCAAAUGAGUAUUACACUGCGCAAAGUAGAGAAUGAUUCUACAACUGAAGUCAUCGAUUCUGUUACCAAUAGUCUAUUCAAUGGAUGGGCACAACGAAAAAUCGAUUUUCAAGCAAGACAAUCUGAAUACAUGAUUUAUUUUGAUUUUCAGAAAACCAUUGGUAUCUUACCUUCGUUUGGAAUUGACGAAAUUUCAAUCCAUCAAGGUCUCUGUUCUGACGCAUACGUCACUCAAAGUACAACAAAUGAAGUAUCAACAUCAACUGUUUCUAUAAGAACUACUGAAUCAGAAACAUCAAUGGCAAUCACAAUGGAAUCAUCUACAAUUACUGCCGACGAGUCGACCACCAUCAGCGAGGAAACCGUUACAUCGGUGACUUCUUCGACAAACACGAAUACAGGCGAAAUAACAAGCAGCUCGUCUACAAUGACGAUCACUCAGACGACUUCAACCACAACAUACCCCGUAAUAUCAACAAUGUCGUUCACUACAGUCAUAACACCAGUCUCAUCAGAAACUACGAAUAAGACAUUGGAUACGUCAUCAACCCGAGAGACAACUAUGCCAAUUCAAACAUCAACUACUGCUAGAAUAACCAGCACAUCUACAUCAACAACGACAUUGACAACAACAUCGAAUUCAUUGGAUGAUAAAGGAAAUAAUAAUUCAUUUAAAAAAACAUUGACUAUUUCCUUAUCCAUUGCAAUACCUGCCGUAUUCAUUAUCAGUAUUGGUAUUGGUAUCUUAGUAACAAAACGAGCAGCUAGACGUGUCCCUGAUGAUGGUUCUCGUCGAUUAACUAAUAUAAAGAAAAGAAAGAAAAAUUUUGUUGAACUGGAUCGCAUGUUAAUAAGUAAAAUUUACUAA